CGCUCACAGCAACUGAGCAACGCAAUGCUGUGUCUCUGUUCCAAUUUUCAUGGAACACUGAGUUGGGUCUUCCCCACCCACUUAUCAUUUUCUCCCUACGCCCAUUACCCAAGUUCUAAUUUUUUCACGAAAUCACACCACCCCACUAACAGUUCAACUCAUCAAAGUUCAUGCACGAUACCUCAAAGAGUUCCUAAUGGUAGUAGAAGGCAUGGCUCAGUGCCUCAAAUGGACAACAUCGAGAGGGAACCUAUCUUUACGAAUGUGAAUGACAAGCAGAGGCUUAAGCAGUAUUCUUCCUUGUUGGGUGAUUGUACCUUGAGAGAGGCUUUGAAUGAGGGUAAGGCCAUUCAUGGACACCAGUUAAAAAAUGGGGUUCACCCAGAUUCUCAUUUUUGGGUUUCUCUGAUUAAUUUCUAUGCAAAAUGUGGGUGCCCUUCUUAUGCAUGCCGGGUGUUAGAUGAAAUGCCUGAACAAGAUGUUGUCUCGUGGACUGCAUUGAUUCAAGGUUUUGUGGCUCGGGGUGAUGGUCGGAAAGGUAUUGAUUUGUUUUGUGAGAUGAGAAAGACAGGUAUACUUCCGAAUGAGUUCACAGUGGCUACUUGCUUGAAAGCUUGUUCUAUGUGCUUUGAUGUGAGCUUGGGGAAACAGGUUCAGGCGGAAGCUGUUAAGGUUGGCUUGUUAUCUAAUGUGUUUGUUGGAUCUGCGCUGGUUAAUCUAUAUGCCAAAUGUGGCGAAAUGGAUCUUGCCCAUAAGGUGUUCUUUUGGAUGCCUGAACAGAAUGAAGUAUUAUGGAAUGUGUUGAUCAAUGGCCAUGCGCAAGUGGGCGAUGGGAAAGGAGCGUUUAGAUUAUUUUGCCAAAUGUUAAAGUCAGAAAUAAAUUUCAGUAAAUUUACGUUGUCCAGUGUUCUCAAGGGAUGUGCAAAUUCAGGAGACUUUAGGGAUGGGCUUGUUGUGCAUUGUUUAGCAGUCAAAAGUGGUUGUGAAUUAGACAAAUUCUUGAUUUCCAGUCUUAUAGAUUUGUACUCCAAGUUUGAUUUGGUAGGUGAUGCACUGAAACUUUUUUUUAUGGUCACAGAUCAUGAUGUAGUUUCGUGGAGUUCAAUGAUUGCUUGCCUUGAUCAACAAGGGCAUGGCCAAGAAGCAGCUAAGCUAUUUUUCUUCAUGAGACAUACAGGUGUUGAACCAAACCAAUUUACCUUUGCACGUGUUGUUAGUGCUGCCACUGAAUUGGGGAACUUGCAUUAUGGGAAAAGUAUUCACGCUUGUAUUUUUAAAUAUGGGCUAGAAUCUGAUAUCUCGGUAAGUAAUGCUCUUAUCAGGAUGUAUAUGAAACACGGUCAUGUGCAUGAUGGCGCUCGUGUAUUUGAGGGAAUGUCAGGACCAGAUCUUGUUUCUUGGAAUAAUCUGUUGUCUGGAUUUCAUGAUUAUGACUCCUGUCAAUCAGGACCUAGGACUUACUAUCAGAUGAUUGCUGAAGGUUUGAGGCCCAACGAGUAUACAUUUGUCAGUGUUUUAAGGUCUUGUUCUAGCCUCUUAGACAUAGACUUUGGGAGGCAAGUUCAUGCUCAAGUUCUGAAAAACAAUCUUGAUGGAAAUGACUAUGUUGGGACAGCCCUUGUGGACAUGUAUGCCCAGUGUAGGUGUACGGAAGAAUCAUAUGUAGCUUUUUCUAGUUUGAUCAGUCGAAAUGUCUUUACAUGGACAGUAAUGAUAACCGGUUAUGCCCAAACUGACCAAGCAGAGAAGGCUAUUAAAUUCUUCAAUUUAAUGCGGCAAGAAGGAAUCAAGCCCAAUGAAUUUACUGUUGCUGGCUGUUUAAGUGGUUGUUCUCAAAUAACUGCUACUGAGAUUGGCAUGCAGCUUCACUCGAUGGCAAUUAAGAGUGGAAUUCUGCUUGAUAUGUAUGUUUCCAGUGCAUUUGUUGAUAUGUAUGCAAAAUGUGGCUGCAUAGAAGAUGCUGAGACUAUUUUCAAGGGAUUGGUUAGACGUGAUACAGUCCUCUGGAACACUAUGAUAUGCGGGUUCUCUCUGCACGGUCAGGGUGAUAAGGCUCUAGAGACCUUCCAGGCAAUGAAAGAUGAGGGCAACUUACCAGAUGAGGUUACCUUUAUAGGUGUACUUUCAGCAUGUAGCCACAUGGGUCUUAUUGAAGAAGGGAAACAACACUUCUACUCCAUGAGCAGUAUUUAUGGCAUAACUCCAAGGGACGAGCAUUGUGGUUGUAUGCUUGACAUUCUCAGUCGUGCUGGAAGAUUUGAGGAGGUUGAAAGCUUUGUUGAAGAAAUGAAGCUAACAUCCAAUGCCUUGAUCUGGGAGAUUAUACUGGGUGCAUGUACAAAGCAUGGGAAUCUUAAAUUUGGUGAAAGGGCUGCAGAAGAGCUCUUUAAGCUUAAACAUGAGACAGACUCAACUUACAUAUUACUUUCUAACAUUUUUGCUAGCAAAGGUAGGUGGGGAGAUGUAAAAAAGGUAAGGGCCUUGAUGUCCAGCCAGGGUGUGAAAAAGGAACCUGGAUGUAGCUGGGUAGAAAUUAGCAAAAAAGUACACGUCUUUGUGUCAGGUGGUGUACAUCCAAACAUUCAGGAAAUUCAUUUGAAACUGGAGGAGCUUGGUCAAAAACUUAGAUCGGUGGGUUAUGUCCCACAAGUUGAACAAGUGCUUCAUAAUGUUCCAGACAGAGAGAAAAAAGAACAUCUUAAUCAUCAUAGUGAGAAGUUGGCUCUUGCUUUUGCUCUUAUAAGCAAAAGCCAUAUGAAAAGAAUCUGGAUUUUUAAAAACCUUCGCAUUUGUUGUGAUUGCCAUAAUUUUAUGAAGCUUGUCUCAGACAUCACAAAUCGAGAAAUAGUUAUCCGUGAUGUUAAUCGGUUCCACCAUUUCAAGGAUGGAUCUUGUUCCUGUCAGGAUUAUUGGUGAUUUGGCUCUAAAAACAAAUCCACUAAACUCUUACUCAAGUAGUUCCCUGCUCUGCAAAGAACUGCAUGGGCAACUCCAACAAGUUUAUGUUGAGAAGAGACAUAUAACACUGGAAAGGAACUCACAGUUGAGAUUAUCUUACAUACUACACAUUGAAUCUAACAACUUUCCACUUUCAAUGUCCUCAUAACAUGCACGCAAGCCU